GCCACGAAACUGGCCGCGCGCGUAUCGUGUCUAGUUUGCGCUGACAUAACCUUCGCUUGAAACUCACACAUGACCGUGGGUAUUCAGUAAACCCGGCGAAUCCUAGAAGUUGUCCGUUUCUUUCCAGGCGUGUGAAUGACGUGAAUUUCCACAGGAUUUAAAGCCGUGCCAUGGUUUUGACCCGCGCGCUCCACUCAGAAAUGGGUCGCUUUGCAUCUAUGGGUACAUGAAUUCAAGUUCCACCGGCCAGAUGCCUGAGAUGGAGGAAGUAGAUACCAAUGAGAGCAACUGGUUGGCGAAGAGGGUUGCUCUCAUCAGCUUCCUGUCACUGGUCAUGCUCAUGAGCGUCCUGGGCAACCUGCUGGUUAUGGUGGCCGUCUGCAAGGACCGGCAGCUCAGGAAAAUCAAAACCAACUACUUCAUCGUCUCACUGGCAUUCGCUGACCUGCUGGUGUCAGUGCUGGUGAUGCCAUUUGGUGCCAUAGAACUGAUCCAUCAGAACUGGAUCUAUGGUGAGACCUUCUGCCUGGUCCGCACCUCUCUGGACGUGCUAUUGACCACCGCCUCCAUCCUACACCUGUGCUGCAUAUCCCUAGACAGGUACUAUGCCAUCUGUUGCCAGCCACUAGUCUACGGGAAUAAGAUGACACCACUGAGAGUGGCUCUAAUGAUCGGUGGAUGCUGGAUAAUCCCAACCGUUAUUUCCUUCUUGCCCAUAAUGCAAGGCUGGAACAGUAUUGGAAUAAAUGAUUUGAUAGAGAAACGGAAGAUUUCUGGCAACUCCACAGUAUGUGUCUUCAUGGUGAACAAGCCUUACGCGCUGACCUGCUCAGUUGUGGCCUUCUACUUACCACUCAUCCUGAUGGUGUUGGCCUACCAGCGCAUCUAUGUCACGGCACGGGAACAUGCCAGGCAGAUCAACAUGCUGCAGCGGGCCGGAGGAGCAGGGAACGCAGCCUCUGACAGCGCAGACCACCAACGCAACCACCGAAUGCGCAUAGAGACUAAGGCAGCCAAGACUCUGUGCAUUAUUAUGGGCUGCUUCUGCCUCUGCUGGGCACCUUUUUUCAUUACAAAUGUGGUUGAUCCCUUCAUAGACUACAGUGUCCCUGAGCAGCUGUGGGCAGCCUGUCUCUGGCUGGGCUACAUUAACUCCAUGCUCAACCCCAUCCUUUAUGCCUUCCUCAAUAAGUCCUUCCGUCGUGCCUUCCUCAUCAUUCUCUGCUGUGGACACAAGCGUUACCGUCGACCUUCCAUCCUGGGGCCUGGAACACCCUGCGCAGCCACACAGAUCAACGGCUCUACACACGUCCUGAAGUAUUCAGUUCUUCACAAUGGAAACCACACUGAACAUGAGAAACUGUCAGUACAGAAUGACACAGAGUCCCAGGAAUCAUGUUUCUGACACAGAUCACCCUCUAAUGAGGACCAUCACUGGAAGGUUCCAUUACAUACCGCCCUGCCUGCAGCUCAAACCUGAUCUGAGUAUUUCAGGACUUACAUUCUGGGAGUCAGACUAAAGUAUUUGCUCAAAGAGCUGGUGAGCAAUAAAGGAAAGAACAAUGUUGCCAAAGGUAUUUGGUCUAUAUUUUAGGAUAUGAGUAUUUCCAUUGUAAAGGAAUGGUGGUGAAAAAUUCCCCAAUAUGUAUUUUUUUUCCCCCCUUUUGGUUCUCCUGGGAAUAAAAUUUCCAAACCAAAAACAUCUUACAAGCUUUAUCUGGAGAGGCUUUCAUUAGAUCCAGAGUCAGGAUUAUACUUUCUAAUAGGUACUGCACAAAAACUCAGUAGUUAAGAGGAUAAUUUGUUCAAAAGUUCCAGAUUAGUUUAUUCUUUAAAUAAAAGAUAGUUAAGGCUCAAAAACUUUCAUACCACAGUAUUAAGAGGUACAGCUGGGAGCACUGAUAAGGGAUUGGUUUUUCAUCUUUUCAGCAAUGAAUCUAAAACCAACAGUUGAUGCUUUAAAAAAAAUAUGGAAUUUCACCAAAAUAAAGGCCUUUAAUGACAAAAAAAUCUAAUUAAAUUUUGAGAUUCUGUAUGUUGGUGGGGAAAGAUUUUUCCAGUGUCUGCGUGCACACUUGCAUGACGAGGAAUGUGGCAGAAAUUAUACCUGUUGGUGAAUACAAUCUAUUCCAAAGAUGCACCACCAAAUUAAUUUAUAAAAAUAUAAUGUUAAGUAUAUUUUUGUUUUUUUUAGUUUUAGACACAAACGCAUCAUCUUUUUACCUAGGAUUUUGGCAAGUUAACAUAUUUUUCUUCUAGGCAUGAAAAUGGCUUUUGAGAGAAAUGUUUUAUCCUUGAUAUGAAUUGAAAGCUCCUUUAUGUACUGUAAGACAUCUAAGGCUCUUUGAGCAAUGAGGUGUACAGUACAGGUCACAGACAAAAAUGUCAUGCUUUUGGAUAUUAAACCAUUCUCAGUCAGGUCAGGAUUGUGCUUCCCAUGCAUUACAAGUCACUAGCAUGCACAGUAUUUAUAAGAGUGCUUUAGCUACAUGAUACCUGGUGACUCUCUAUUACUGAGAAUGUGUCAGGGUCUCCAAACAAAACUUUUGGUGACAGCAACCAGGGCCAAAUUUCAACUAAACUGCACUGGCCUCGUCCAAAAAUUACCAUGGGUUACCGUGAGGUGGUGGCAAUGGUUUUGGGCAAAAAUAUGUACUGAAAUCUGAAGUUGUUAUUGCAGACAUUUUUAAAAGGAUAAAUGAAUUAUAUUUUUCAGCCAAAAAUUGUAUUCUGUCUGACUGACUUUAUUCUUCCAAGCCACUUUUCUACAUAAAAUGACCAUAGAGAGUGACCAAAUUUCUUUUCUGUAUUCAAAUUAGUCACGAGACACCAAAGAUAGGCAUUAGCGACACGUCUUGAGAUGCUAAGUUUGAAUAUGUGGAAGUGCAAAUGUGAUUUAAGAGCUGUGAUUGAGGGGGAGAUUUUCUGUGCAUAUAAUGACACAAAUUUCUGCCUGUUCCUCACACAAACCUAUUGAAUGCCCUUAAAAGACUUGUUAAAUAGAGAGCUAUCAAUAUAUACAUAUAUACAGUAUAUAUAUAUAUAUAUAUAUAUAUAUACAUACAUACAUUUCACAAAUACAUUUUUUCUUAAACUAAGUACUCCAUAAGCAGUGCUAAUAAAGCUGACGUCCAGAGCUGAGGGCCUCAAUAUAUUUGUUCCUUAAAGAGUCCAACACAUCAGUACUGACACAGAACAAUUUCUAAUUUUAGCAUUUGCCUUACAGAACACAAAUUGUUGUUUGAAUUGAUCUAAGAAUUGUACAAUUAAAAUUAAAAAGUUAUGUUUUAUAUGUUAGCAAGUUUCAUGAUGGAAAAGUGAAGGUUUUCAUUAUUUUGCAGUGAAGUACUAGCAGCUACACAUCUAUGACAAUAACGUCAAAAUAAUACAUACAACAACAACAGAAAAAUAUCAAACAUGUACAUCUCAGCACUAUCCUCGUGCAUCAUUGUCCUUAUUAUUUUCAAACGGCGACCUCUCCUGCAAAGAAAGCAUUGUAGCACUUUUAUAAUAUAAAGAUUAUUGUAUCCACAAGUCAUUCAGUAUUCUGGUCACAAAUAUGUUAUUGCAGACCAAACUAAUAUUUGAAGAAUAUGAAAGUUGAAUGAAUAUGACAUCGGUGAUCAGUUUUCAUAAUUGUAAUCCUUUGUUGGAGUGAUAUGCGUGGUAAUGCGAUGAAGUAACAAAUGAGACCGAACGAGAGAAAGAGAGAAAUAUGUUCAACCAAUGGAAGAAUCUAUUAUGGCUUUAUUUUAUAUUUAAUUCUGACCUGUACUGCAAACAAAGCUAGCUACAUUACCCAGUUCCAGGGAAUGCCAACUUUUGGUUUCUUUUUUCAUGUUCAUAUGUUUUUAUCAACUGAUAUUUAAUUUCUAAAGCUAGAGCUUUGUUUGAAGUCUGUUUAGAUUUUGUUGUACAUAGGAAUAUAUUUUUAUGCAAGAAAUUUGAUGGUCUGUGUGUUCCUUUAAAUGCUUUUGUCUGAUGCAUCUCUUCUUCCAGUUGGUAUAUCAGCAAACGCUGACCAUGAAUUCCACAAUGCCAUUCAAAGCAAUGUCCAGAUAAGCUGUCAGGCUUCUAGAUUUUUAACAAUCCAACACGUGGAUGGUCAUGCCUUCACGACCAUCUCACGGAUGUACAUGAUCUUUGUGAUUUGCAGUGAAACUGUGCAAGUUAACACAAUUAAAUGCUGGUAGUGGUUGAAAAUAUUGCAGAAAAAGUUUUUUGUAAGGUUGUAACAUACAAUCAAAGGAUUGUAUCUCUAUCACCCACAAGGGUCUGAUAGAGAUAUUUAAUGUCUAAAUUACUGACCUUCAGUUUUCAUUUUUACACUCUCAGUUAUGUAGCAUCCUUUGAUUUAAAGGAAAUGUGCCAUUAUUGUUUACCUAAAAAUUACAAUUCUGUCACUAUUUACUCACCUUCAUGACAUUCCAAACUUAAAAACAUUCUAACUUCUGUUGAAUGCCUUAUGUGAACAUUAGUUGAAUGUCUAAGCUGAUCUUUUUUUUCUCCCCAAUUUGAAAUGCCCAAUUCCCAAUGCACUCUUAAGUCCUCAUGGUGGCAUAGUGUCUCGCCUCAAUCCGGGUGGCGGAGGACGAAUCGCAGUUGCCUCCACAUCUGAGACUGUCAACCUGUGCAUCUUAUCACGUGGUUUGUUUAGCGUGUUACCGCGCACCAUUCACCCACAACUCACCACUGAGAGCGAGCCACAUUAUAGCAACCACAAGGAGGUUACCCCAUAUUACUCUACCCUCCCUAGCCACCAGGCCAAUUUGGUUGCUUAGGAGACCUGGCUGGAGUCACUCAGCAUGCCCUGGGGUUCGAACUCACGAACUCCAGGGGUGGUUGACAGUGUCUUUACUCGCUGAGCUACCCAGCCCCCCCCCAAAAGUUUUAGAACAGCAUAAAUGUUUUUUGUUUUUAGAAAACAUACAUGAUGGCAAAAUGUUUUAAUUUUUGGGUGCAAUAUUCCUUUAACUGUAAGCAGCUUUGUUGGUUACAGGAGCAAACAGCUUGCACAAUUUCCUGUCAAUUACUGUUUGGAUCUCAUCACUUUGUUUAAAUUAGGAUUUGGAACUGUGACUAAGUGAACUAAGAGCAGAUAGUAGAUCUCCUUUGAGUUAUGAAAAGGGAAUAUAUUGUGUUAUGAGCCCGGAUAUGUGUGGAUUUGGGGAAAAAAUUUAAACUUCCUAGCCAUGACAGUACUUAAAAAAACUCCUAUAUGAGCCGUUCAUUAUUGCUUCUAAAAGAGUGGGCCAAAAGAUGUGGUGUGUCAGGUAUGACAGAAGUAUCAUUCAGAGCUCUCCCAAAACCCUCAUGCCCAGAUACUGGACCUUCAGGGUAGUAAUUGAAGUCAGAAUUUCAUGUGAAAUUGUUCCCUAUUCUAAUGCCCCCAGCCUCCUUAGAACUUUCAUGCACAGCCUCACAUACAAACCAUUCUAUAACACCUCAAAGCCCUGAAGGCAAAAGUUCUAGGCAUAAAUGUGUUGUAAAUCUCCCAACAAGUUGUAGAACUUUUGUAAACUCAGUAUUUAUUUUGGUGGAUUUAAGAUCGAUAUUUUCAUGUAAGGCUUCUCUUUCAGGGAGCUAUGUGUAUAACUUUUUCUGUUGCUAUGUGACAACUCUAAAUAAAAAAAGCUAA